AUGGCGAAAGAGGAGUCAGCACAAGAGCUGGCCUCCUUGGAUGGCCAUGGAUCCAAAGCAGGAUUCAAAUCCAAGUCAUACCAGCUCUCUCAAGAUCGCGACCGCGAUGAACUCCAGCGAUUGGGCAAGAAGCAGGUGUUACGGCGGAACUUUGCGUUCAUGUCCAUUCUUGGCUUCAGCUGUACUGUCCUCAUCACCUGGGAAGGCGCGUUGAUUUUGUUUCUUACCGGCCUCUCCAACGGUGGCUCUGCGGGUUUAAUAUAUGGCUACCUUGUCGUGUGGAUCGGCAACUUCGCCGUUUUUGCGUCGCUCUCGGAACUGGUCUCCAUGGCCCCAACAUCUGGUGGCCAAUAUCAUUGGGUCGCCAUGCUGGCUCCUCCACGCUGGAGCAAGUUUCUGAGCUACAUCACCGGUUGGGUCACUGUUCUCGGAUGGCAAGCGUCUAUCGCUUCUACAUGCUCACUCACGGGGGGCCUCAUUCAGGGCUUAAUUACACUGACCCAACCCGACUAUCAACCGAAAUCAUGGCACGGCGCUCUUCUCUUCUGGGCUGUGGUGUUGUUUUGCGUCUUAAUCAACACGGUCAUCAGUAAGAUUCUACCAAAAAUUGAGGGGCUGAUCUUGAUCUUUCACAUUCUGGGCUUCUUCGCCGUUCUGAUUCCCUUGGUCAAACUUUCCUCUAAAGCGGAUGCAUCUGAAGUCUUCACUAUGUUCAAUAACGGUGGCAAAUGGUCAAGCCAAGGCGUGUCCUUUCUCGUUGGCCUCAUUGGGAAUGCAUUCGCUUUCCUUGGCCUUGAUGGCGCGUACCAUAUGUCUGAAGAGAUCCAGCGGCCGUCUGUCGUCGUUCCCCGGUCUAUCAUGCUGACCCUGGUGAUCAACGGAACCUUGGGUUUCGGUAUGAUUAUUGCGGUGCUAUUCUGUUCCGGGAACCUCGAAGUUGCUCUUGAAUCACCUACUGGCUUUCCCUUCAUGGAGAUUUUCAGGCAGGCUACAAAUUCGACCGCAGGAGCGGCUACAAUGGCCAGUAUUAUUACUGCCCUAGCAAUGUGUGCAAAUGUUGGCUUUCUUGCCUCAGCAUCAAGAAUGCUCUGGUCAUUUGCCCGAGACCGGGGCGUUCCCGGUUGGCGACUGUUAUCGAAGGUGGAACCUCGCACUAUGGUCCCUGUCUGGUCUAUUGCGACGAUCACCUUUAUUUCCAUCCUCCUUUCUCUCAUCGCCAUUGGCUCGCUCACUGCGUUCAACAUUGUCGUCUCUUUGACCGUCGCCGCUCUCUACAUAAGCUACUUCCUAGCUAUUGCUUUGCUCCUCUACCGCCGUCUGACAGGAGGCAUUGCGCACUCGUCAGACUCCCCCACUAUGCUAUCAAACACCACCGGCACGCGUCUCGUUUGGGGUCCCUGGCGUUUCGGCAAAUUUGGUAUCUUCAUCAACAUUUUUGCUCUUUUCUAUCUUGCCCUAGUACUUGUGUUUAGCUUUUUCCCAGCCACCUCGACUGUGAAUGCCGCUAAGGACAUGAAUUACAGCAGUGUUUUGAUUGUCGCAGUUAUGAGUUUCAGUGUCGUCUAUUAUUUUACGCAUGCGCGGAAGACAUAUGAAGGGCCUAUCGUGGAGACCGACGGAACGGCCGCUGGCUCACCCACGAUAUCCUCAAAAAUGUAG